CCAACCCAAAUCCUAGACUACAAAGUGUUCGUCAGUCACUUUACCACACAAGCACCCAAGCGAUUCCCCUUGCCAUCCCUUAAACCCUCCGCUGAACCCUACCAAGUUUCACCGUCAACAAAACCAAAACCCUCCCUUUCCUUUCUUUAACCUCCCAAAAAAUGGCACUUUACAAGCCCACCUUCCUCACCCGCCUCAAAACCCUUUCCAAACCCCACCGCCGUUCACCUCCCUCUUUCAUUGCACUCCGCCACCUCUCAUUUAACACCCCGGAAGAAGCCGCCGCCGAACGCCGUCGUCGCAAGCGUCGCCUCCGCGUUGAACCCCCUCUCUCCUCUGUCCAACGCCCUCAACAACUGGCUCAGCAGGUGGCCCCACCAAAGCCAAUCCAAAACCCUAAUGCCCCUAAAAUCCCCGAACCGGUCACUGUACUUGCCGGCAACCGCCUCAACCUCCACAACAAGAUCUUAAAACUCAUCCGCGACAACGACCUCGAUGAGGCCGCUCUUUACACGCGCCACUCUGUUUACUCCAAUUGCCGCCCCGCAAUUUACACUGUCAACGCCGUCUUAAACGCCCAGCUCCGCCAAUCGAAAUACGCCGAUCUCCUCUCUCUCCACCGCUUCAUAACCCUAGCCGGAAUUGCCCCCAAUGUGAUUACCCACAAUCUUAUUUUCCAAACUUAUCUUGAUUGUAAAAAACCCGAUACUGCCCUCGAACAUUACAAGCAGUUUAGCAAUGAGUCCCCCGUGAAUCCUUCUCCUACUACUUAUAGGAUUUUAGUGAAAGGGCUGGUGGAUAAUGGGAAACUGGAGAAGGCUUUGGAAAUGAAGGAGGAAAUGGUGGAGAAAGGUUUGGCUCGUGACCCUGUUGUUUAUAGUUAUUUGAUGUUGGGUUGUGCCAAGAGUGGGGAUUCAGAUGGGAUUUUUAAGCUUUUUGAGGAGUUAAAAGAGAAGAAAGAUGGGGUGGUCUAUGGCUGUUUAAUGAGAGGUUAUUUCAUGAGGGGAAUGGAGAAGGAAGCUAUGGAGUGUUAUGAAGAAGCUUGUGGGGAGAAUUCAAAGGUUAAAAUGAGUGCUAUUGCUUAUAAUUAUGUUCUCGACGCUUUAAGUAAGAAUGGGAAGUUUGACGAGGCUUUAAAGUUGUUUGAUAGGAUGAAAAAUGAGCAUAGUCCUCCUAGGAGAUUAGCAGUGAAUUUGGGAAGCUUUAAUGUGAUUGUUGAUGGAUAUUGCGCAGAAGGUAAGUUUAAGGAAGCCAUGGAGGUUUUUAGGUUAAUGGGUGAUUAUAGGUGUAGUCCGGAUAGUUUGUCAUUUAACAUUUUGAUUGAUCAGUUGUGUCAAAAUGGACAUUUGGGUGAAGCUGAGGAGGUAUGUGGUGAAAUGGAUGAUAAGGGGGUUAGCCCUGAUGAGUAUUCUUAUGUUUUGCUGAUGGAUGCUUGUUUUGAAGUGAAUAGGAUUGAUGAUGGGGCUUCUUAUUUUAGAAAGAUGGUGGAGUCGGGUUUGAGGCCAAACUUGGCUGUUUAUAAUAGAUUGGUUGAUGAAUUGGUUAAAGUAGGGAAGGUGGAUGAGGCGAAAUCGUUCUAUGAUACAAUGGUCAAGAAGCUUAAGAUGGAUGAUGCAAGCUGUAAGUUUAUGAUGAAAGCACUUAGUGAUGUGGGGAAGUUGGAUGAGGUGCUGAAAAUGGUUAAUGAGAUGCUAGACGAUGAACAUGCUGAUUUUAGUGAGGAGUUGCAAGCAUUUGUUAAACAAGAGUUAAGAAAGGAAGGGAGAGAAGAGGAUUUGACAAAGCUUAUGGAGGAGAAAGAGAGACUGAAGGCCGAAGCUAAGACUAGAGAAAUUGAGGCUGCGGAAGCAGCCAAGAGAAGUGCAAAAGCUGCUGUCGCUUCUUUACUUCCAUCUAAGUUGUUUGGGAAAAAAGAAGAUGAAUCUCAGUCUACUUCAGCCACUGAAAACACCAUUGAAGCUUCCUCUGGGAGUGAAGCGCAAGCACAAGAUGGGAGUGAAGGUUCUAUUGAGGAAGCUAAUGUUCUAGAGUCUGUUGCUGUUGAUGCAAAUACAAUGACUGAAGCUACGGUCGCAGAUUCUGAUGCUGUUGAUACGAAGCCAUUCUGAUGAAACGUGGUCUAAAACUGGUGUUGCAAAUAGAGAGCAGGUAAUAGCUCGUUGGUUUUGGAAGGAGAAAGUUUCUUCUUGUGUUCCUUUAUGGACGUAGUGUUAUCUGCUUGUCUAAUCAAUUUAUCUGUAAUUAAGGGAUAUUGCAAAUAUGGCUGUACGGUCAUAAUUAUUGGUGGGAAUGCGUGUUGAAAAUUUAUUUCAAAUGGCACAAUUUGUUCGGAGUGCCGUAGAUCAUGUGUUGAGCUCCCUUCUUUUAGUGCUGGAAUAGUGGGCAUAGCUUUUAUUUAAGGGUGGAUUUUCAGCCCCAAGAUUUUUCUUUUGUUUUCAUUUAUUUUGGCUAUCAAGCGUAAAAACUGAGGAUGGAAUCUUAUCGGGCUUGGUAAGCAGUAUCAUUUCUACAAAAUUCAACUUUGCCCUUUUUGAAGUUGUUUAGUCUUAUCCCCAAUCCCUUAUUAACUUCUAACUGCGAAACCAUUGAUUUUGUGAGGACUGAGGAGAUCAGCAACAGCAAGAGACUUGGAUACGCCUUAAAUUUCUUUGGAUGAGUUUGGAACAGU